CUUGAUGGAACACAAAAAAAAAUACAACGUAAAAAAAAAAAUAAUAAUCACAUUGUCAUACUGUCAGGUGAAUAAACGAGAAAAAAACAACAUAUUGGACAAGCAAAUAUAAACCUGUAUUUAAAAUUAAAUUACAUUAAUCAUAAAUAACUUUGAUAAAAUUAAAUUAUGGCUGACAAAACAGAUGAAGAAAAUUUAUCAACUCAAUAUACACUCAAUUCGUGUCAUGAUCCAGGCUGGAAUGAUCCACCAAAAUGGGCAUUGAGUCCAAAUACAUUAUCAAGUACAAAAAAUACACCAACAAAAAGAUUACUUAAUAAACGUGUUGCAUUUCCACUGUCAUCAUCACCAUCAUCAACAGUAUCAACAUCAUCAUCUUUACAAAAAACAUCAAUGAAUCUUCCACCACCACCAUCAAUAUUAACACCAUUAACAACAGCUCCACAUGCACCACUUGUUACACCAACAACUGUCAUGGUACAAAACAAUUCAGAAUCAUCAUCAUCACCAUCAAUCAUUAAUAAAGAUCAAACUUUAUUAAAGACAAUGGAAAAUUUAGAAUACAUUUUAAAUACUGAGCUAGUUGAUAAUUGUCAUGUUGAUGAUAUUAAAAAAAGACUAGAAAUUAUGAAAAAUUUAUGGAAUGAAGAAAAAUUUAAUAAUGAUAUUAUAAAUAAAAUUUUUUUAAUAUCUCAAGAAUUAAAAUUGAAAAAUAUUGAAAAAGCUGAUGAAAUUCAUAUUUCAUUGAUGGUUGAUUAUGCUGCUAUUUGUACAAAUGGUGUUUCAGGAAUAAGACAUUUAAUAUUUGAAUUAAGAAAAAUAUAUUCAAAUAAUCAAAUUAACAAUCAUGAUAAUGAGCAAAAAAUUUUAUUAUUCAAUCCAUUGUCAAAUAAUUAAAAAUAUUUUAAUUAUCAAAAUAAAUUUGAUUCCUGGAGAAGAAA